GACCAAUCAGGACGCGGCUCCGCUUUCCUGCAGCCGGAGCCGCAGAAGUUCAACCUGGAGCCCCGCUCCGCGACGAGGAAAAAACCCCAAUCUGCUCCAAAUUCAAAACUGACAAUGCGCGUCGGCUGUCACUGAACGAAGCGUUCCCGAGCAAUGACAAUGUUGGGCAUGUACGUGCCGGACAGAUUUUCCCUGAAGUCGUCAAGGGUCCAGGAUGGAAUCGGUCUCUACACGGCGAGGCGAGUGAAAAAGGGAGAAAAGUUUGGCCCCUUUGCAGGUGAGAAAAAGCUGCCCAGUGAGCUGGACGAAAGCUCGGACACCAGGCUGAUGUGGGAGGUCCGUGGCAGUAAAGGAGAUGUUCUGUACAUUCUGGAUGCGAGUAACCCGCGCUAUGCCAACUGGCUGCGGUUUGUCCAUCAGGCGCCUUCACAGGAGCAGAAGAACCUGGCAGCCAUACAGGAUGGAGAAAACAUCUUCUACCUGGCUGUGGACGACAUAGAGACGGAUACAGAGCUCCUCAUAGGCUACCUGGACAGUGACAUGGAGGAAGAGGAGGAGGAAGAGGAGGAGGAGAUUGUCAAAGAUGACGACGAAAACAGUAAAGACGCCAAGCAUCUCGUUGAAAUGGAGCUGGUAAUAAAGAAGGAGGACCACCCCUGCUUGCUGUGUGAGAGCAGUUUUCCCAGUGAGGAGAUCCUGGCCGCCCACCUCCAGAGUCUGCACCAGAGGCCCAGCACAGAGGAGAAGGAGUUCAAGUGCAGGAGCUGUGGCAAGAAGUUCCCCAUCAAACAAGCUCUGCAGCGCCACGUUUUGCAUUGUUCUGAGUCACUGGAUCCAUCGGGCGACUCCAAGGCUCACCAGUGCUCCUUGUGCCACAACACGUUCGGCUCAGAAUCAAGUUUUGAACAGCAUAAGGAAGCGUGCAAAGGCGAUGCCAGGUUCAUCUGUAAAGCGGAGAGCUGCGGUAAAAGAUUCAAGAGCAAGGACGCCCUGAAGAAGCACAAAGGGAAUGUUCACACAGGCAGUGCACGGCGGAAACUCACAUGCACCAUAUGCAACAGGAAAUGCUCGUCCUCUCUGAAUCUACAAGAACACAGAAAGGUACAUGAAAUAUUUGACUGCCACGCGUGCGAUAAAAAGUUCAUUUCCACGAAUCAGCUGAAACGCCACAUGAUCACACACUCGGAGAAGCGACCGUACACCUGUGAGGUCUGCAGCCGUUCGUUCAAGCGCCUGGAUCAGGUGACGGCUCAUAAGAUCAUCCACAGCGAGGACAAACCAUACAAAUGUAAGCUGUGCGGGAAGGAGUUUGCUCACCGCAACGUCUACAAGAAUCAUAAGAAGACCCACUCGGAGGAGAGGCCCUUCCAGUGUGAGGAGUGCAAAGCUCUGUUCCGCACGCCCUUCUCCCUACAGCGCCAUCUACUCAUCCACAAUAGUGAGAGGACAUUCAAGUGUGACCAGUGCGACGCGACCUUCAAGAGGAAGGACACGCUCAACGUCCACAUCCAGGUGGUACACGACGGCCACAAGAAGUAUAAGUGCGACCUGUGUGAGAAGGCGUUUGUCACUCCGUCGGUCCUCAAGAGCCACAAGAAGACACACACGGGGGAGAAGGAGAAGAUCUGCCCGUACUGUGGACAAAAGUUUGCCAGCAACGGCACGCUAAGGGUCCACAUCCGAAGCCAUACGGGUGAGCGUCCGUACCAGUGCCCUUACUGUGACAAAGCAUUCAGCAAGAACGACGGCCUGAAGAUGCACAUCCGCACACACACUCGAGAGAAGCCGUAUAAAUGCAGCGAGUGUAACAAAGCCUUCAGCCAGAAGAGAGGGCUGGAUGAGCACAUGAGGACCCACACAGGAGAGAAACCUUUCCAGUGUGACGUGUGUGACCUGUCAUUCAGCUUGAAGAAGAUGCUCAGCAGGCAUAAGCUGACGCACAACCCUAACCGGCCCAUGGCCGAGUGCCAGCUGUGCCACAAGAAGUUCACCAGGAACGACUACCUCAAAGUGCACAUGGAGAACGUCCACGGGGAGACGGAGAGCUAGAGGCGACUGUUGAAGCACUGGCUGGAAAAGUAUCCGAUAUCGGCUGCUUCGUGCCGCCAGUUUGUCCUUUGCGUACUGUACACACAGACGGAUUGAUAGCAGAAAUGUUCUUGUUACAGAUACAUACAUGUAGAAUAUGGGAAUCAUUAGGGAGAGCAUUUUGAAUUUGAAAACAAAGACUUGUACAUUCGUGUUUUUUUUUCUUUUUUUUGUCGUACUGUUUAGUUACUGUUUUGGAUAUUUGAGCAAACAAAGUUCCUGUUUAUGUUUGAUCUGCCUCCAAAGAGCUGUGUCUGCUCACAGGGGAAAUGAAACGUCUGACAUUUCACUCGCAGUUUUUCUGACUUCUAACCAGUGUUACUGUUUGUACCGCUACAACCUGACCUCUUUCACUGUAGUGUUUACUGAAUACCUUACUGUAAGUCUAUGGCCAGUUGCCAAGUUUUAAAAAAGAAAGACAGAAAAAAGCCUGCGACCAUAGAUCUUUUAGUGCACUUUUUGUACACUUUAUACAUGUUUACAUCUCUUACAUUUUACAGAUGUCCUUCAGUGAUCAGACAUGUUCACUAUUCACCUCCGGGGAAUACAUGUUGCUCCAUUUAUGAAUUUAAAAUAUCACCUUUUUGAUGUAUUCAAAUAAAGGGAUGGUAAGAAGCUGGAGACGGAGAAGUGAACCUCUGGAAACCCAGAAACAGCUCACAAAUAAAUGUUUUUAAGAAAUACUGUCCUUUCAUGCUCCCUUUUACCGUAAAAAAAAAAAGAGCUGCAUGAUUUGUCGCAUCAAGCAAUGACUGAUGGGGGGGGGAAAUGUAAUACAAGACUGGAGGUCCCCAAAAAAGGAAUUUCAAAAGACCCCCAUGUUCGGUUGUUCUCUUGAAAUUCUCUUGAAAACCAAGGUUUGGUCUAUAGUAUUUUUAGUUCUGAUUUGGGGGGUAACUGUGUGGCCUUACAGUGCAUCAUUAACUCAAAGUGACUGGGCUCACCUCUUCCUUUCUUGUCCCAUCACCUGUUGUGUGAAGAUCAGUUGUGCUUCUGUCCCCCUUUAAACAGGGACAAAAAGAAACUCCAAAGUACUGUUUGUUGAUAAAUUGUUGAGUGUUUUUGUUUGAAUCGGUGAUAUUGGGACGUGUUUACAUUAGUCUUUAUUAAAGAUAGUGCUGCAUAGUUAUUUAAGUGCAGCUAUGUCCCUAUUCAUUUGACUCCUCGCUUACUGGCCCCUCGUUCCUCCAGCUGUUUAUUCUGCGUCUCUUGACUGUGAAUUGUCACUUCACACUUUUCUAUUUUGAAAUGUAUAAAA